AUGGACCCUUCCCCAUCUGCGCAACCCGCCUCCGAGAGCGACGACGACAACCAGGCCUUGACCGCCGCCGCCCUGCUGGCCGCAGGGACGCAGUCGCGGAUGCGGCGAAGACCGGCGCAGCGCGAGUCGGUGGUGGGGAGUCUGCAGAGCGAUAAUGCGAGGGGGGUGACGUGUGGGGGCGUGAUUGGACCGGGAGAGAGGCUGGAAGAGCACGGAGGCGUGCUGCCAAACCCGCUGCCGCUGCCACUGUCGGCUUCAGCGUCACCCUCACCAGUGGCGCGGACAAAUGGGUGUGGUGCACGUGUCCACGCGUCCGCCCACCCUGCGCGGGCAGGCGGACGAUGGGUAGCUCCGCCAGAGGGUGCAAGUGGGGUAGUCGUCCCACUGGAGAGCACGUAUUUCACCCCAGAUGCGGCGCGGAUGCUGGAAUUGGCAAGAGCCGCGGGGUGUGGAUGCGCAGCCCAUGGUGUCGGGUGUGCGGUUUGCGGCAAUGCGCUGGGGGCGCUGUUCACACCGUGCAGGACUCAUACGGCGCGCAGCACCGGAGCGUUGCGCCGACAACAGCAUUAUGUCUUCCUUCCGGGCCAUGUUAGUCCCGCCAUUCAGGAGGCGUCAACUGGGAGUAGACACGCCACAACGACACCCACUCACACAGACGUCACGCCCCGCCCGCCCGCAGUCACGCUCCCGCCGCUCACGACGUUAUCUAUUCGCCAUGCAGGUCCAUCGAUAGAAUCAGGCGUGAGGCUAGGCGGGUCCUUCACAAUAGCGCCCGCGACGCUGGAGAGGUUUGCCGCGGCCGAUGCGGAGGUCCGCCAAAGGCUAGAGGCAGAAACGGCCCGGGGAGAUGUCGAUGCCACCCCGCCCGUAACGGCGCCGACCGUGACGGAACCAGACACGUUCAUGGCGAUGGAGAGUCCGUUCCGGGAGCUGUACCAGCUGCUGCGCCCCGUGGGCGAGCGGGCAGACGGCGGCAGCAACGCGGAGAACCAGGCGGUUGGCCCCUUCGGGAACGCGGGCGCCGGCUGGCCCGAGCCGCCCCCGCCCCCGCCGCCAGGGAUUCUGCCGCCGCUGGAGAUCGUCGCGCCGCGGCCGCCGGUCAUGGGCGCCGGCCCGGGCCCGGGGGAUCCGGCGGCUGCGAUAACGGAUUCACAACCGCUCCCCCUGCCGGGGAUACAACCGUCGACAGGCGCGACCCCGGCAGCGCCGAACGACGGCGUGGAGGAGAUGAUCGAGGUGUUGCGCAUGGUGGCCGAGAUGGGGACGCCGGUCCCGCCGCCUGCGCCUGCGCCUGCUCCGGCGGCGGACCGUGACCGUCGGGCCGCGCUGCGCCGACUGGCGGACGAGCAGGGCCGGAUGGACCGCGGGACGCCCGGGCCGGUGACAGGGGCGAUGGACCGGGAGUGGGACGCCUUGCGUGUGCGGGCAGCCAGAGAGCGCGUUGCGACGGCACGGCAGAACGCGGGGCAGGAGGAUAUUGCAGCGGAUGGCGAGAUUGCGCCGUGGUACACCCCAACGAUGCCUCCUGAACGAUCUGAGGCACCAACGUGGCCGCCCCCGCGUCAAUUCCCUGGCGGCGGCGCAAGUGUGAACAGCACAGCGCCGGGGCCCCGGCUACUGGCAGCAGCGCACGCGCGGAGGUCCAGGCUGACGGCGGUACGGGCGGAGGGACUGCCGGACGCUGCGACCUCCCGCGCGGGGGUUGUUCAGCGCAGGCGGGCCGAUGCGGGUGGCAGAGGCGUCCCGGUCGCCACUGGGGCAACUACAACGGUCACCCUUCAGCCAAUUGCGUCCGGCCCGCCCGCGCCGGCCGCACCAGGCGAUGCUUUGGACGCCGCCCCUCCAUUCAACGAGCGCGAAUUCAUGGCCGCGAUCCGCGCGCGGUAUGCCGCGAUGAAUAGUGCUCGAGCUGCCGGUCUGCCGCACACAACUACGGCGGGACCGCCUGUAACCACGCCUCCCGCGGCGCAGGCGGGGACGGCUGCGGGUAGUGAAGGCCAGAGUGCAAGGCAUGCGUCGCCCCCGUUCGAGCGCUAG